UGUGAGUCCCCCGCCUUCUGGUCUGCGCCUGCGCGAGGGGUCAUGGCAGCCUGUCGCACCUGAGGGUUGGAGGCGGUGGGGGUCCCCUUCCUUUCGGCGGGCGGGAGACUUAGAUAGCUACCCAAGAAAACACCAUGAAAGAUACUGACAUCAAGAGACUUCUGUAUACCAAUCUUUUGUGCAUAUUUUCAAUUUUCCUAAGCAUUUUUAUUCCAUCCGUCUUCUUGGACAACUUCUCAAUAUUGGAAACUCACUUGACCUGGUUGUGCACUUGCUCUGCUUUUGUGACCACUGUCAAUCUCUUGUUAUACUUAGUAGUGAAACCGAAUGUGUCCUCUAAAAGAAGUUCAUUAUCACAUAAGGUAACCCGGGUUUUGAAAUGCUGUAUCUACUUUCUUAUGUCUUGUUUUUUCCUUCAUAUCAUUUUUGUUCUAUAUGGAGCACCACUAAUAGAGUUGGUGCUGGAAACGUUUUUAUUUGCAGUUGUUUUGUCUACUUUUACUACAGUACCUUGUCUAUGUUUGUUAGGACCAAACUUCAAAGCAUGGCUGAGAGUUUUUAGUAGAAAUGGAGUUACAUCUAUUUGGGAGAAUAGUCUUCAGAUCACUACAAUUUCUAGUUUCAUAGGAGCGUGGCUUGGAGCAUUUCCUAUUCCACUGGAUUGGGAAAGACCAUGGCAGGUGUGGCCCAUCUCCUGUACACUUGGAGCGACCUUUGGCUAUGUGGCUGGCCUGGUUAUCUCGCCACUCUGGAUCUACUGGAAUAGAAAGCAGCUUACAUACAAGAACAAUUAAGAGGAGAAAGGAAAGAAGUUAUUUCUGUGCAGAUUCCAUAAGGGCUGUGCAGAAGUUACAUGGUCCAAGCCAGGCAGUUCAUUUACAGCACUGUUGUUUUCUAAAUGUCAUUUCAACAUGAUGUGAUUGUAGCUUUUUAACUAUGAAACCCCUGAGAGAUUGUACCUUCUAGUUGAAAUAAAGUAUUUAUAGAAGA